CCCUGUCAUGGCAGUUACGAGAACAAUCAAAUGUGGAGUAGGUCCACAAGAAUGAUGAUGAUUAAUUUGGAAGAACGACUUGUAUACAAUGCUAUUAGGAAAGCAGGAGAAAAUGGUAAGUGGUACCUAAUCCCCUCGCUUAAACUCCCCAGAAUCCUAAAGUCACUCAUUUCCAAAAAGAUGAUCAAAGAGCUACCCAUGGCUACGGGUCAAAAACAGAAAGUUUAUCUGCUCAUAGAGCUUGAACCCAGCGAGAAAAUAGCAACUAGCUCUGCAUCCCACAUAGCUGACCCUCUGGAAAGGCGAGAUGCUUCUUACGUUUCGGUUGAAGAAAUUCACCGGUUCAUCAGUAACGCCAGAUUGUGUACCGUAAGUAAUUCAGACAAGUCAAUAAUUUGUCACUUCUGA